CUGAUUUGACGCCGUAUGUGUGUGUCCUUCCGUUAGGUAUGCAACAGAGAUUUUUGUACAAUUUUCUGCUAAAAUCAGCUUUGCCUAGCUAACUAUUUUGGAAAGAAACUAGCGGAGGCUUCAGAGAGAUGCCGAAGAAUAAAGGAAAGGGAGGUAAAAACAGGAGGAGAGGAAAGAACGAAAAUGAAACGGAGAAGAGAGAACUGGUCUUUAAAGAAGAUGGCCAGGAAUAUGCUCAAGUAACGAAGAUGCUAGGAAAUGGUAGGCUCGAAGCAAUGUGUUUUGAUGGUGUUAAGAGAUUGUGUCAUAUCCGUGGCAAGUUAAGAAAGAAGGUGUGGAUUAAUCAAGGAGAUAUAAUACUCAUCGGGUUACGUGAUUACCAAGAUGCAAAGGCAGAUGUUAUCUUAAAAUAUACACCAGAUGAGGCUAGAAACUUGAAAACCUAUGGAGAAUUCCCUGAAACAGUUCGUAUUAAUGACACAGUCACAUUUGUUGAGGAUGGUUUCGAUGAAGAUAUUGAAUUUGGUGAUGAGGUCAGCGACGAAGGUGAGGGUGAUCCAGUGGAUAAUAUCUGAUGUUGGGAGGAGGGAGCAGCUUGUUUGCAUUGUACUACAAUGAGGGAGAAAGGACUUUCUGGAACAAGUAGACAGUGUGUAAUACACUUACUACAUAGAUUUGUGUCACUAAAAUUCAUACAGUCUUUAAAUAUGUUCUUGCUCCCAUCCUGUACCUAACCCAAUGUAAUCAUAGUUGAUGUCCAUUUUAUUUGUAAGAAUCAGGACUUCCUUGAGCUGUGUCACCUAGCCUUUUCUUUAAUCAUACACAUGGGAUUAAUUGUAUAAUGGGAAUGCUGUAAUAAUUUUACAACUUAAGUUAUUAACUAAUCCAGAAGGUACCCAAACUCUUACUGGCUAGUUGGCAUAGCUCUACACACAAGAAAUGUUUGUUGUGAAAGUAAUACCCACUGGUUACAGUGACAAAUGUCAAGUUGAUGUUUAUACCUCAGUAGAAUUUUUUUAUUGCAGUUAUGGUUUAUUUUAUUUAAGUAAAAAUUGAAUUGUAUCAUUGUAUUCAGAAUCACAAAAUAAAUCAGCAAAAUAUACAAACAUGAAUCAAUA